UACUGCUAAAGCUUUAUCACCUUCACACUUCUCCUUUCACCUGUAGCAUCUUUGAAGAACUCAGAAGAUACAAAAAUUGAUUUUGAAAGAGGCUAAUUAAGUUUCAAUUCAUAUAUGUACUCAGAAAAAAUGUCAUUUGAUGGGAGUUUUCGUGUGGAUUAUGAGCUGCAGAGGUUCCUUACUCGGUGCCCUGAACUUGCUUCGUUAUCCCAAUUUGAUUACUUGUUAAACAAGGGUGAUAAAGUUACAGAAGAAGAAGUGGUGAAUGCUGUGGGAGAAAUUGUGAUACAUCCGAAGUAUACAAUCCCUUUAAUUGGAUGUUUUCGCCCGCUAGCUCGGAGAAUUGUGGACAGAGCUGUUUCCUUGCUUAGUUUGGUACCAAAUUUGAGGUGCAACAAUGAUGAGGGUGAGGACUUGAUGGAGGUAGACCAAGAAGAUGAUCGUGGAGAAGUUGAAGAUUUAGAUAUUGAAGAUACUAUUCAUAUAAUUAAUGUUUAUGCUAAAAGAGGGAAGGGAUUGAAACUUCAUGAGCUAGCUUGUCUUGCUUUUUGUAGAGCUUAUGAUUUGGUUCGUUCAUUAUUGAGGUCUGUCUUGGGUUAUUUUGAGUUUGCUCCCCCUCCAUUUGAAAGGAUUAGACAGAGAAAAUCAGUUAUCGAGGCAGUUGUUCUGGAUGGGGGUGGUUUGCUGAAUGCAAUACGAGUUUCAUAUCGUCUCCUUCUAGCAGAGCCUGAAGUUUUUUCUACAAUGUGGGACUGGUCUUGCCUUUUGGACAAUAUAAAUCAGUUUCAUGAUUUCUAUUUGGGUAAAAAUGAAGAACCAAAUAGAUGCGCGCAUGACAUAAUAUGGUGUGGGAUAAGAAUACUGUCAAUACUUUUAAAGUUAAAUGAUCGAGCGAUAGCAAACUUCAAUCUCUGUUCUCAAGAAGCUUGUUCCUGUUUACUGCGCUGGGAAGAAUAUUGUCAGGAUGUAGCACUGGAGAAAGCAGCCUGGUACCUAGAAUCCCCGCGCAAAAGUAAUUGUGACUCAACUGGUGGAAGCAUGGGAUACAACCAAUGUCGUUCAUUACAAUCUUCACCUUUUGAUUCUUCAGUUUCAUCCUCAACCAUUCUGGAGAAUGGACUGUUAAAGUCGGGGGACAAGAAGGUGACAUGGGAUUGUGGGAAACCUUUCAUCUUGACUUCUGCUAUGCAGAAGGGUUAUGAGAUGGUGUUUCUGGCUUUUAGUCAGAGGUGGCCAGUUCUUCUAUAUGGCCCUGCUGGUGCUGGAAAAACUGCAUUGAUUUCAAAGUUAGCCGAACUUCAUGGGGGUCGGGUUCUAUUCCUUCACAUGGAUGAGCAAGUUGAUGGCAAGAUGUUAGUUGGCACUUAUGUCUGUACGGAACAACCUGGUGAAUUCAGAUGGCAGCCUGGUUCACUUACCCAGGCUGUUUCCAAUGGAUUCUGGGUUGUCUUUGAGGAUGUCGAUAAAGCGCCUCCUGAUGUUCAAUGCAUCUUAUUGCCUCUGUUAGAAGGCGCAACUUCAUUCUUCACUGGGCAUGGAGAGGGAAUCCAGGUCCAUGAAGGUUUUCGGUUAUUUUCCACGAUGACAAGCACUAAGCUAGAUAUAUCUAUGGAAGGUAAGAGUUCUGUUAGUGUGCUUUGGCGGAGAGUAAUGAUUGCACCUUCAAGUCAUCAGGACUUGCUGAAGAUUGUGAACAAGUGGUAUCCAGAAUUGGAGUCUCUGGCAGCAGAACUUAUUGGAACAUUUGAUAGAGUUAAUGAGCUAGUAGGAUGUCAUUUUGGAAAUAGUGCCUUUCUAGGUUCUCAUGGAAGGUUUUCACUAAGGGAUCUCCUCAAAUGGUGCAAGAGAAUUGCAGGUUUGGGUUUUCAUUUUGGCGGGGAUGGUCUUUCAGCUUAUGCACGUGAAAACAUAUAUAAGGAGGCUGUAGACAUCUUUGCUGCCUUUUCAACAGCUGAAAAACGGUUGGCUGUAGUGAAAGAGAUAGCUAAAAUGUGGUCAGUAGGAUCCGUGGAGACUUUGUAUCCCAUUAAUAGGCCUGUUAUUCAGGAACUGGUGUCUGAGCUACGUAUUGGGAGGGUUGUUCUUAAGCGCAACCACAGGGUUACCUGGGAAGAGAAGAAGCGUUUCGUUGAGAUUCGUAAUUUAAUCCACGUUCUUGAGAGAAUAGCUUGCUCUGUUAAGUAUAAUGAGCCAGUUCUUUUGGUGGGUGAAACUGGUACAGGGAAAACCACUCUUGUACAGAGUCUUGCAUCGAGACUUGGUCAAAAACUUACAGUCCUGAAUUUGAGUCAGCAAAGUGAUAUAGCUGACUUGUUGGGUGGAUUCAAACCAAUUGAUGCUCAGUUCAUCUGUAUACCCCUUUAUAAGGAGUUUGAGAACCUAUUUACUACUACAUUUUCUUCCAAGGAGAAUGGAGAUUUUCUUGUACGUUUAAGAAAGUUUGUUUCUGAAAAGAAUUGGAAGAUGUUAUUAGGUGGAUUUCAGAAAGGUGUCCGAAAGAUAAUUGAAAUAGGAAGAUCUGGGUCCGGUACAAAGCGGAAGAGACCUUUGGGUGAUGAACUGAUAAAGGCUUGGGAAACCUUUUCCCUGAAGCUAGAUAAAGCGCGUAUGCAGAUUGGUGCUACUGGUGGAAUGAUAUUUUCUUUUGUAGAAGGAGCUUUUAUUUCUGCACUUAAGAAUGGUGAAUGGAUACUGCUUGAUGAGGUGAACUUGGCUCCUCCGGAGACCUUGCAGCGAGUUAUCGGUGUACUUGAAGAAGAGACUGGAUCUCUUUGUUUGACUGAAAGGGGUGAUGUUGAUUAUGUAAAUAGACACUCGAACUUCCGCAUAUUUGCCUGCAUGAAUCCUGCAACUGAUGCUGGGAAGAGAGACUUGCCCGUAUCGUUAAGGUGCAGAUUUACAGAAUAUUUUGUUGAUGAUUUGUUGGAUGAUGAAGACCUUUCUUUGUUUAUUAGUCAGUUUAUUGAUGAGGAUCAUUCAAAUAGAGAACUAGUUAGUAAAAUUGUGCAGUUCUAUAAAGCAGCCAAGAAGCAAUCUGAUGAUAAAUUACAGGAUGGUGCUAACCAGAAGCCCCAAUAUAGUUUAAGGUCUCUUUACCGUGCACUAGAAUACACAAAAAAAGCGAAGAGAACUUUUGGUCUUGCAAAAGCCCUUUAUGAUGGUUUUUGUAUGUUUUUUCUGAUUGCAUUAGAUGUACCAAGUGCUAAAUUAAUGAACCAAUUGAUUACUGUAUAUUUAUUAGAGGGAAAAAUACCUCCGCAGAUCUCCUUUGAUGCCUAUUUGUUAGAUAGAGGAAACUCAGGGUCUGAUGAUUUGACAGAGAGCUAUGUUUUGACCAAGAGCGUCAAGGAGCAUAUUAGAAACUUGGCGCGUGCCAUAUUUGUUGGAAGAUACCCAGUUCUGCUUCAGGGGCCAACAUCUAGUGGAAAGACGAGCCUUGUCCAGUAUCUUGCUGCAAUAACCGGUCAUGAGUUUGUGAGGAUCAAUAACCACGAACACACUGAUCUACAGGAGUACCUGGGUUCCUAUGUCACUGAUGCAAAUGGGAAGCUUGUCUUUCAUGAGGGUGCCCUUGUUAAAGCGGUUCGAAACGGUCAUUGGAUAGUUCUGGAUGAGCUUAACCUUGCCCCAUCGGAUGUGUUAGAAGCUUUGAACAGGUUGCUAGAUGAUAAUAGAGAGCUUUUCAUCCCUGAGUUAUGUGAAACUGUUCGAGCACACCCAAACUUCAUGUUGUUUGCCACUCAGAAUCCACCUACCUUAUAUGGUGGACGCAAAAUUCUAUCACGAGCAUUUCGCAACCGUUUCGUGGAGAUCCAUGUCGAUGAAAUUCCAGAAGAUGAGUUGAGCACAAUAUUGACCAAUAGGUGUGAAAUUCCAGAAAGCUAUUCUAGGAAAAUGAUUGCUGUCAUGAAGGAAUUGCAAUUGCAUAGGCAGAGUACUAAAAUUUUUGCUGGAAAACAUGGUUUCAUUACUCCACGCGAUCUGUUUCGGUGGGCUAACCGUUUCAGGGAAUUUGGGAAGUCCUACGAAGACCUAGCUCGUGACGGUUAUUAUUUGAUGGCCGAGAGACUGCGAGAUAAUGAUGAGAAAAAAGUUGUCCAGGCAGUUUUGGAACAGCAGUUGCGGGUUAGGCUUGCUGAGGAUGAUAUGUACAAGCAGGAAGGAGGAGGUAGAGAUAAGAUCUUGGAGGUUAUUAAGCAUUCAGGAGUCGCAGGACAGCUGAACAAAAUUGUUUGGACUAGAAGUAUGUGGAGGUUGUACUUUCUUGUUGAGCGCUGUUACAAGCUGCGUGAGCCUGUUCUCCUUGUUGGUGAAACGGGGGGAGGGAAAACUACUGUUUGCCAGCUGCUUAGUAUCAUUUUGGGUUCAAAAUUGCACAUUUUGAAUUGCCAUCAAUAUACAGAAACAUCUGAUUUUCUUGGGGGUUUCUAUCCUGUACGAGAAAGAUCGAAAUCUACAGAUUUCAAGCACCUUUGCGAGAAGUUGAUGCAUUCCAAGGCUAUUGUGAACUAUCCUGGAGAUUCUGUGAUUUCUUCAGAUAUCAAUCAUGCUUCUUCCACUCUUCAUAAGCUGUCUGUUAUCUUAAGUAGCUACAGGCAGAGUCUAGUUUGUCAUCCUGAUGUAACUAGUCAAGAUGUCGACUACAUUGGACAACUGAAUUUGGACUUGGUUCAACUGUGCCAGAAAUGGCAGACCAUUUUUAUGUGGCAAGAUGGACCUCUUGUUGAAGCAAUGAAGAAAGGAGAGUUAUUUCUUGUGGAUGAAAUCUCUUUAGCUGAUGACAGUGUACUUGAAAGACUAAACAGCGUAUUGGAGCCAGAAAGGAAACUGUCUUUGGCAGAGAAAGGAGGGUCUGAUCUCCAGAAAAUAACUGCUCAUUCUAACUUUUUUCUACUUGCAACAAUGAAUCCUGGUGGUGAUUUUGGCAAAAAAGAAUUGUCUCCUGCCCUUCGCAAUAGGUUCACGGAGAUAUGGGUGCCACCUAUUACUGAGUUGGAUGAGCUUAAUAGUAUUGCUCUUGAGAGCAUUUCAAACACAAGCUUUAGUGUGCUGGUAGAUCUUAUGAUGAAAUUUUGGGAGUGGUUCAACAAUUUACAAACAGGAAGGGCACUUACCGUGAGAGAUCUUCUAUCCUGGGUAUCCUUUAUUAAUGUGACAGAGAGAAUUCUUCAACCAGAAUCUGCGUUCCUUCAUGGGGCGUUUCUUGUUCUGCUGGACGGUCUAAGUUUGGGUACAAAUAUUUCAAGGACAGAUGCUGCAGGGUUGCGAGAGAAAUGCCUUUCAUUUCUUUUAGAUGGACUAAAGGAGCUCAAUCUUAGUUUUGAUUGCUCAAAUAUUUCCAUGCUGGUGCCUUAUGGUUGGGCCGAUCCUGGAAGAUCUGCUGUUAUAGAGUGCAGUGAUACAAUGCAAUGUGACAAUCGCUUUGGGAUUCCUCCUUUCUACAUUGAGAAAGGUGGGAAUUGUUUUGCUGGUGAGAAAUUUGAGUUUCUAGCACCAACGACCCGCAGGAAUGCAUUGAGAGUGCUCCGUGCCAUGCAGCUUGCUAAACCUGUUCUGUUGGAAGGGAGCCCAGGCGUUGGAAAAACAAGUUUAAUUGUAGCCCUUGGCAAAUUUUCUGGGCACACAGUAGUACGGAUAAAUUUAUCAGAGCAGACGGACAUCAUGGACUUGUUUGGGUCUGAUUUGCCUGUCGAGGGUGAUGAAGGGAUGCAAUUUGCAUGGUCUGAUGGAAUUCUUUUACAGGCUCUAAAGCAGGGAUCAUGGGUGCUUUUGGAUGAACUCAAUCUUGCUUCACAGUCUGUCUUGGAGGGGUUAAAUGCUAUUUUGGACCAUCGGGCUGAGGUUUUCAUUCCAGAGUUAGGUCGCACUUUCAAGUGCCCACCAUCUUUCAGAGUUUUUGCUUGUCAAAAUCCUUCAAAUCAGGGUGGGGGACGGAAAGGUCUUCCAAAGUCCUUCCUCAACAGAUUUAUGAAGGUUUAUGUUGAUGAGCUAGUUGAGGAUGACUAUCUUGCUAUUUCUAGUUCGCUCUAUCCAACAAUUUCACGUUCUCUUCUCUCUAAUCUGGUUUUAUUUAAUAAGAGAUUACAUGAAGAAAUAAUGUUGCUUCAUAAAUUUGCUCAAGAAGGAUCCCCUUGGGAGUUCAAUCUCCGAGAUGUAAUUCGUUCCUGUGAAAUCAUAAAAGAUGCCCCAAGUAUAUCAGAAUCUGAUUGCUUUCUGAAUCCUGUUUAUGUUCAAAGAAUGCGGACAGCUGUUGAUAGAGUGGAGGUAUUAAAGCUUUAUGAACAGGUAUUCAAAAUGAAGCCCAGCAUAAAUCCUCAUCCGCGGGUUCAGCUCAAUCCCCAGUAUUUGAUUGUUGGGAAUGUAUCUAUCGAACGAAAUCGUUACCUGUCACCUGGAGUGUCCAACAGCGACCUUAAAAUUUUGCCUGGCUUCCGCAAUAGCUUGGAAGCUGUAGCACAAUGUGUUAAAAACCAGUGGCUAUGCAUAUUAGUUGGACCUGCAUCCUCUGGUAAAACUUCAUUGAUACGGUUGCUUGCUCAGCUGACAGGAAAUGUACUUAAUGAGUUGAAUCUUUCUUCUGCAACUGAUAUUUCUGAGCUCCUUGGAAGCUUUGAGCAACACAAUGCUGUUCGAAAAUUCCGUCUUGCCAUUGCUUGGAUUGAAUCCUUUAUAAAUGAAUAUUGUGGUCUGCAGCUGGAAUCUUCAUGCAAGGAAUUUAUGAUGAGAAAAGAGCUGUUUAUUCUGUGGCUGUCCUUCUUAUCAAGCAUCAAGCAUGACCCUCCAACAAGUUCUUGCUCUUCGUAUGUUGAUACUUGGAGGACAAAGUACUUUGAGUCUGCCUCUACGUUGGUUAACAUUAUUGAACAUCUAAAGUUGGUGGUUGAGGAAACAUCAUUGCCUUUGUCUUGGUCUAUGAAGGAUUUGGAUACAACUCUUGCAAUGAUCAAGAAAUUUGAAGAAGGUCACUCAAAAAGGACACAUUCCUCAAAGUUUGAGUGGGUAACUGGCAUGCUUGUAAAGGCUAUAGAAAAUGGAGAGUGGAUAGUAUUAGAUAAUGCAAAUCUCUGUAACCCAACGGUUCUUGACAGGAUAAAUUCUUUAGUUGAACAAUCUGGAUCCAUCACCAUAAAUGAAUGUGGAACAGUUGAAGGAAAGCCUGUAAUUCUUCAUCCACACCCUAAGUUUCGGAUGUUUCUAACAGUUAACCCUCUAAAUGGUGAGGUUUCACGUGCAAUGAGAAAUAGAGGGGUUGAAAUUUUCAUGAUGGAGCCUGAUUGGUUGUUUGAUGACAAAUGCACUGAAAUUGAUAUCGAGCUUGAGAAUGCAAAGAGAUACAUUGUUCUUUCUGGGGUACCUUCUGGUAAUUUAGUUGAUUUGAUGGCCAAUGCCCACAUGAAUGCAAAGGUUGAAGGUGCACUGCUCAAAAUUAGGAUCACACUUCUUGAACUUGCACGCUGGGUGCAAUUGUUUCAGCAACUUCUUACAAACGGUAACCAGUUCUCAUGGAGCUUGCAAACGAGUUGGCAGCAUACCUAUGUGUCUUUAUUUGGUGUUGAUGGAGGCAAGAGUAUUGUUGAUCAGGUGGGAGUCCCUAUUUCUCUAAUACCAAAGUUUCAGGACUUUAACUCCUCUCAAGCUGGUUUAUUAUCUAUGCCAGGGGGAUGGCCAGCACCCCUGAAAUUGAGGGACUAUCUUAUAUAUUCAAAAGAAACUUGUAUAAGGCAAAAUUGCAUGUACCUCGAGUUCCUGGGAGCUCAGACUGCCUGUUAUUCAACUUCUGCUGCAUUACGUAAUGCACUGGCUCCAACUUCUAUGGUUAGCUCACUCGUGAUGGAUACAAGGCUCUUGCAUGCCCUGAUGUUUCCUAAAAAUUUAAGCUGUCAAGCUGAUGUUUGUGAUGGGGCAAAAGAACUGAACUUGGAUUUAGCCCGGGAAAUGUUGUUGUAUGCUGCAAAUUGGGUAUUUGAACAGGCUACUGAAAGUGAUUACAAGCUUUAUCUUCUGUGGUUUUCCCAUGUUGGUUCUCUGUUACAACAACAUUCUUCAUUCUUUAGUUUUUAUUCCUCUAUUCUGUCAAAGGAAUUGGAACAUCCAAUAUGGAAUCAGAUUUUUAGUUGUCGUCGUGAGAUUGUGUCUCAUUAUUUGGUUAAUUUGGAUACUUGUCCAAUACCUUUGCUUUCAGUAGAGUUGGUUGAUCUAAUGCCAGCUGACAAUCUAUUGAAAUCCUGCAGUGUUCUUGUGAACGCCAUUAAGAGUGUUAGAUUACUGAGACUUAGCCAUCUGCAGUGGAGCUCUGAGAUAGGUUACAAAUACAGUAGUGAAACACAGUUCUUUAAACCUGUUUUGAGAUCUCUUCAAGAGUUGGAGAAGAACAUACUUGAAAUGUUUGUCCAGUCACCUUCUUUUGAUGUGCUGUUCCAGUUGUACAGUAACCUCCUAGAACAUCACACUUUACUAUGGACAGGCAUUAUUACUUCUCAAAAUGAGUGCUUGCUAAUUUCUUGGAGAUCUUUGAUGAAGGAAGUUUCAAGACUGUCGGGUUUUUUCCCAAAAGAAGUAGAGACGUUUCAGAGAGAUGUGGAGAAUUUGGAUAAGUUCUCAAAAAAAUGGCCUUCACAGUUGGAAAAGUCCUUGUUGUGGGUCCAUGGUGGGCAUCCGUAUCUGCCUCCUUCUGCUGAAUUAUAUGAGAAAUUGUGUCAGCUACUAAACUUUUGUGAACGACUUUGGCCGGGGAAGAGAAAAAUCAGGGAGCUAGCAACGGAUGAUGUAAUCACUGAAGCAGCUCCAUAUUCUAAUCCAGAACUACGGCUCCUUGCCAUGCAAGGUCUUUCUAUGUCAUCUUAUGUCAUGGCAAAAGUUGAUGAAAAUGGUAUCAGACCUGUUGAGCAGUUGGAGGAGAUGUACCAGAUGCUUUCCAGAAGGUUUGAUUUUGAAAAGGAGAAGUUGGAAGAGAAUUUCAGGAGCAUUAAUCAAGCCCCAAGAACAUCCAUUUUACCUGCUUGUUGUGUCUUCUUACCUGACAUGUUUUGUCAAAGCUCUAGCUUUGAUUGUUGGCUAGAGACUUUACCCAUAGCUGAUGAUGCCAGUUUUUUCCUUGAUACAAGACUACUUCAGAAUCUUUCAACAUUUACUUUAACUGAUGGGGAGGAACAACGCCAGAAUCUUUCGCCAAUUGCUUUAACUGAUGGGGAGGAACAACGCCAAGCCUUGGCUGGCCUUAUUAAGUCAGCAAUGGAUUUUUCUUUGAACUUCUCAUCAAGGCCUCCAACUGACUUUUCACCUCACCAAAAAAUUUUGUGGACCUUAGAUGCUUGGAGAUCUACCGAUAGAGCGAGUGAACAGAUAUCCAGUUUUGUUCUUGAGAUGUGGUAUAUAUGGCAUUUAUCAUUGUGGACGCCAACUGUUGCUGAGAACCUCUCAUGGCAUAAAUGUGAUGAUAUCCUUCCCGAUGAGCUGUUUAAGCCUUCAAAAAUGGCAGCAAUUCAGAAAAUCCUAUUUGGUACAUUUGCUAUCAGAGAUUACCCGGUGCAUAGUCUCAAAAUGAGAGCUGCUUCCCGUUAUCUUUGGCAAGGUUCUCUGGAAGUAGACACAAAACAUUUUCUAUUAUCGACUGCUCGGUCCCUCUUUCAGAAGAUGAUAUUUGCACACAGAAAGUCUUUCGAAGAUGAGAAGUUUGAUGAAAUUAAAGAUUUCUUUGAAGUUGCUGCGAAGAAGACCAUCUCGCAAGACAAAAUUGAGACCAUGCUUUCCCUUCUUGCAUCAUCAAAUCACAAGAUGAUCUCAUCAGAUGAGAUGACACAUUUUGUUGAGCCUUUGCUUCAAGGAUUGUAUCUCCCAUGCACGCCUGAGGCAUUUACAAAUAGGAUAGGAAGUGUAUGGUUGCUCAUUGGGGCCUUCCGCUACCAGCUUCUGAUUUGCUGCACUGAUCUGGAUCCAACUGCAAAAUACUACUUAAAGUACUCAAGAGUCGUGGAAAAGAUAUCUUCUCUUCAUCUCGAAGCUCAGGUACGCAAUGACUGUGUCCUUUUGGCUGGAUCUUUUCAGUUGAGGGAACAAGAAAGAGAUAGAUCUAUGUUGUUGGAAGAUCUCCAUGCUGAGCGAAAGAAACUGCAAAGAAAGAUUGUAUUCCGCGCUGAACCUGAGAAAUUCAAGAGAAUGAAGGCUGAAUGCGACGACUUUCUUGGGACUGUUGAUAAAAUUGUUACUACUACGGUUGGUUGGACCCAGAAUUUUAAAAGCGUAAGUGUGGAAGAGAUAUCUGGCAAAGUGCGCAAUUGGCAGGAAACGGCUACAAAAGCCAUAAAGCAGUUAUCUAAAGAAUAUUCUUCGUACAUGGAUGUAAUUCAGCCGGUCCAGACAGCUAUAUAUGAAAUAAAAUUAGGACUGUCUCUGGCUUUUUCUGGUGCCUUAAGUGAAAAGUAUCUGGAGGAACUAGGGAAGUUUGAUAUGGAAUCUGUUCUGGCCGCAGUUUAUGCCUUUGUGAAAUUCCCAAGAGGGUGUGCAUCAAAAUCUGUUUCGUUUGAUGCUGUCAAUAACGGCGUGGAACUUUUGCAUUAUGAUAUUGAAUUUCCAACAAGCAUCUCAGCCCUGGAUUUAAAUUUGUUGGAUAAUCUUGUCAAUUGUAAACAGAGAGUCAGUGCUGAUAGCAAGGUAUCAUCCUUGCAACUGAGAACUGCAAUGUAUCAGAAUGUUCUGGUUCGCGUGUUGCAUUCUGUUGUUGAUUCCCACUUCAUGGAUACGCCGUCCUUUAAGCUAACGGAUAGGAUAUUUGAUGAGUUAGCAAGCAACUGGAUGCAAAUGAAACUUCAAGUCAGAACAACAGAAGAGAAUAAAGCUCAACAAUUUAGGUUUAAACCGCGUUUAUUCAAGAUAGAUAAUAUCCUUGAGAUUGACAUAUCAGCUCUUGGUAGUUCGGCUUCAAAUGAAAGUUUCUCAGAAUGGAAAGAAUUUCACUCUAGACAAGAAUCUUCUGAGAAACAGAAUUCUGACGAAGAACCAGAAGCAAUCAUGGACGAUUGGAACUAUAUAGAAGACUCCAGUUUGAAUAACAUGAUCCACGUACACAAUGAAUUAUUUGGCUCGACUGAUAUAUAUCAAUCUCCUGGAUGUUUCCAUGUAUCUGAUGCAAGCAGAUUGUCUUCCUUUACUGACUCUUACUUGUUGGGAGCAAAAAUGAUUAGAGAUCUAGAAGGUUUACCAUCUUCCUCUUUGGACGCGAAAAUUGCACCCGAACACUUGCUUCAUCUAUGUUUAGAGCAUGAAACAACGUUCUGUUCAUCAAAUAAGUCAACCCUAGGAUACAACUUUUACAAGGAACCAAAUUUCUCUAUGUUGGCUAAAAUGGUGGAUCCAUUAGUAUCUCUUAAACAGCGAAUUACUCUACUUUUGGAAGAACGGGAUGAAUAUGCUCUUCAGAGAAUCUUGGAUAUAAUUGAAAUGAUCUUGGCUAUGCCUCUUAGCACCCCAUUGGCUAAGGCGCUCUCCAGCUUAGAGUUUCUGCUUAGCAGAGUUCGGAUGUUGCAAGAAACUGUAGCGAAAUUUCCAUUGUCUGAUUUUUUGGACCCCAUAUUUGCUCUGGUGUGCUCAUGGUAUAAGUUGGAAUUCGAAUCCUGUCCUGCUCUGCUUAAUGAAGUUGAAGAUCAGUUUGAGAAGAAUGCAGGGAAGUUGUGGUUGCCACUAUAUUCAGUUCUUCGACGUGAGCAGUGUGCUGAUACUGAUGAAUACAACCUUACUACUAUUAGAAGCCUGAAGGAGUUCAUUGAGAUGUCCAGUAUCGGUGAGUUUAAGAAGCGCCUGCAGCUCCUGGUCGCUUUUCAUGGGCAUAUUUGUGCUGGUUUAAGGAAUGGAACCUAUUCAAGCCUUUGUCUGGAGGGAAGUGUUAAAAUCCUCUACAACAGCUUUGGCUUCUAUGCACAAUUCUUGCCAAUGAUUUUGGAGCACAUUGGAACUAAUAGAAGGAAAAUUGAGGCAGAGGUAAAUGAACUUGUUAAGCUAUGCAGAUGGGAACGUUUUGAAGAUUACUUAAGCAUAGAAAGUUCCAGGAGAACCAGGCAGAAGCUCAGAAAGAUCAUGCAGAAAUACACUGACCUGCUGCAGCAACCUGUUAUGCUUUUAAUCAACCAAGAAGCAAAACGAAGUGGGAUAAAUCCCCAAAGUACUGAUGAACCUAGUCUCUUGGAUUCUUUUGAAAGGAGCAGAGCUCUUCUAAAUAUUGUCCUAGAUCAGAAGCAGUCAAAAAUGGACAGCCCUUCAUGGUUUUCCGAUUGGUGGAAGAAAGUAGAGAAUGCUGUACAAGGUUUGCACCUCGAUGUAUCAACAGAUACAGAUCUAUCUAGGCUCGUAGAAGGGGUUGCAAAUGUCAUCAAAGAUGGUCAGGGCUUCAAGUCUUCAUGCCUGUUAUAUCUGGAUGAGUGGAAGCAACUCAGACAAACGAUCGAGGAUGUAUGUGGUACUGCUAUAGACUGUGUUGAUGUUUGGGUGGAUGCAAGCAAGAAAAUGGGAAAGAGAAGGGUAUUCUCUGAUUUUCUGAAGCUCUUGGAUAGCUGUGGUCUAUCAAAGCACAGAGCCUUGUUUAUGGAGGAGCAAUGGAGAGUCAAUAUAUUAAUGUCCUGGUUCCUCCAGCCGUCUUAUGAUGUUCAACAUCUACUCCUAACACAAGGUCCACCGGCCUCUAAAGAUUCUGAAGUUAGUCGCGGGGAGCUCCAAUGUUCACUAGAUGAGAGUUUGGAAACCAAAUGGAAAACGGCUAACCUGUACUAUUUUAAGAGCAUCAACUCGGUGCAUGUUUUGCAGCAAAUUUGCCUAAAUUUCCAUAAGGAUUUUACUCUUGAGCAGGUUAACAAGUCUGGAUCUUACAUUGACCACCUCACUAGCAUUCAACAAGAGCAACGGGAGGUCGUAUAUGCUUUUUCUCAGCGACUCAAAUGUUUGAAAGAAUUGUUAUUGCCUUUGGCUAGCUUAUCUUCUGGUAAUAUCCCUUUCACAAAUGUGACAUGUGAUCAAUCAUUCACCGAAAAUCAGCACUGCAUAUACAAGUGUCUUUGGCAACAAAAGCAACUUUUUGAUAACUUGUAUGGCAUGUUGUAUGAAGAGCACUUGUUUGUGCAAACUGUCGAAGAUUUCCAUUUGAAUACUUGUCCAAGUGUUAAAGACAGUGCAAUGCAGAUUCGCCUUUUCAUUGAGAAUCAUUUGCCCAUCGUUCAGGAAUCUAAGGAUUUGUUGGACAGUUAUCUUAUUGGCAUUCAUGGAGUUGGAAGAAAGGAAGAAACUCCAUUGCAUCCUAUUGCCAUCACGAAGGACAUGAAGCAGUUGGUAUAUAAGAAUUUUGAUUUAAUCAACGACUUUAAGGUUGACUUUCGUGCUUUCCAUGGACAAGAUGAAGUUGGAGUAACCGUUAAAGAUAUCGUGCUUGGAAACUCCAUUAAGGAUAUCCUGCUUGGAAACUUUGAGGAGAUAUUUGACAAGACCAACUUCAUACAUAAUCAAUUUAAAUCAAGAAGCACAUCUGAAGAGUGGGCCCAAGAUUUCAUCCACUAUACAGGAGAUACUACUGCACUUCAAGCUGAAUUUGACAACGCCUUGGUGAAAACAUACAGAUCUAUCAUAGAAACUUUGAAAGGUCUUGUGACUUUGAAGAAUGGUCGUGCUCCUCCUGAUGGUGUGAAUAUCAAUGCUUUGAAAAUUCUCCUCGAAUCAGCAACAAGGCAUCUACAAUCAGAUCUUAGUGAUCAAUUAGUGAAUACUAUUCAUCUUGGAGGAGAGUUAUUGAACGGUUACAGCGCCGGAAAUGCGAAUGCCUAUUCGGAUGUCAGAGCACAUGUAGAAAAUAUGUAUUCACUGUUGGAUGUGAUCAUUGCCUUCGGCGAUGGUCUUCUGCAUGAUUUUCUUAUCAUGCAUAGAAUGCUAUCUAUGAUGACCCAUGUGCUGGCAAACAUUUUUGCUUCACUAUUUGCCAAAGGUUUUGGUACAAAAGAAGAGGACACGGAUGAUGCCAACCAAGAUUUAAUUCAAGAUCAAAGUGGAACAGGUAUGGGUGAGGGUAGCGGAAUGAAUGAUGUCAGUGAUCAAAUAAAUGAUGAAGAUCAGCUCAUUGGCACAUCCGCUGAUAGAGAUGAAGAGAACACUUUGGGUGACGCUCCAAGUAAAACUGACAAAGGAAUUGAGAUGGAGCAAGAUUUUGCCGCUGAUACCUUUAGCGUAAGUGAGGAUUCUGGGGAUGAUGAAGACGGCGAUGAAGAAAAUGAAGAACUGGAAUCUGCUAUGGGGGAAACUGGUAAUCAGGGUGAAGCAGUUGAUGAGAAACUAUGGGACAAAGGUGAGGAUAAUCCUAGUACGGCGGAUGAAAAGUACGAAAAUGGCCCAUCAGUAAGAGAUAGUGGUAUUGACAGAGAGCUUCGAGCAAAAGAUGAUUCUUCUGAAGCUGCUGAUGAAGCUGGAGGACUUGAUCUUGACAAAUCAGAGGAGCAGGCUGAUGAAAAUGGAAAUGAUGAAACUUGCGAAGGAAUGGAAGAUAUAAAUAUGGACAAAGAGGAUGCAUAUGCAGAUCCUACUGGAUUGAAGCUUGAUGAACAUGAGGAAGGUCCUGAAGAUGAUUGUAAUAUGGAUGAACCAGAGACUGCUGAACCGAUGAUGGAAGAUGAUUUGGACCAGCAAGGCAAUCCUGCUGAUGAAAAUGAGGGAGAUGAAAGAGCUGAUUCAGAUGCAACUUUUGAUGAGGCAGACCCUGAGCAUUUGGAGGAAAGUUCUGGAGGAGCUGGUGAAGAAGGUGAUCCUGCAAAUGACACAAAAAAGGAACCAACAACAGAAAAUAGAGAGAUGCUGCAAUCGGACACUUCUCAAUCUGUGAGUGAUAAUGUCCCAACUGCUGCGUCUGAGCCUAGAGGUGAAUAUAAUCAAGCAAAUUUAAAAGAUGCUGCUCCUGAAGCGAAGGGAUCUGAUGUUAGUGGGCUUCAACAUGACCUUGCUCCCAUGAGAGGUUUUCCUGAUGCCUCUAUGGUUGAAAUCAUGGCUUCUGAUUCUUCAAAUGGACAAAAACUGGGCAGUGAUCAACCUGAAAAUCCUUUACCUCCAGCUGAUUCAUCACAUCAAAGGAUUCAACCUAACCCUUGUCGUAGUGUGGGUGAUGCCCUUGAGGGGUGGAAAGACAGAGUCAAAGUCUCCCUUGAUCUCCAGGAGAGUGAAGCUCCAGAUGAUUUGGCUGCUGAAAAUGCAAAUGAAUAUUCAUAUACUGCUGAAUUUGAAAAGGGAACAGCUCAAGCACUUGGGCCAGCAACAGCUGAUCAAGUAGACAAAAAUGUACAUGGAAACGAUCUUGAAAGAGAAACUGUAACUACAGAGAGAAAAGAUGACAUUUCUGAAAUGGAGAUUGAGACUGAAGCACAUACUAUCAGUAAUUCUGCUUUAAGUUUCAGCAAUGACAAGGGCAAGGGAUCAGAGAUGAUGAACACUGAGGAGCAACUGGAAUCACCAUCUGAAGUUGAUACUAGAGAUGGUACUGCUGUCCCUAGUUUGUCCCAGAGUUUGGUAUCAGUGAACAGGACCUUUUUGUCUGAGGACAUAAAUCGGCUUAGCGAGCUCUCAGUAGAUGAUGACGACCUGGGCAAGGCCCGUAACCUUGAGGUGGUAUCCAAUGAGAUGAGAGAGAGUGCCACAACUCUCUGGAAAAAUUAUGAACUUCGAACUACGAGGUUGUCUCAGGAAUUGGCUGAACAGUUGCGUUUAGUAAUGGAACCGACUUUAGCUAGCAAGCUCCAGGGAGAUUACAAGACCGGGAAAAGAAUUAACAUGAAGAAGGUAAUUCCAUAUAUAGCAAGUCAUUACCGUAAAGAUAAGAUAUGGCUUAGGAGAACUCGGCCUAACAAACGGAACUACCAAGUGGUAAUUGCCGUGGACGAUUCCCGCAGCAUGUCUGAGAGCGGUUGUGGAAGUUUAGCCAUUGAAGCAUUGGUGACUGUUUGCCGUGCAAUGUCUCAGUUAGAAAUAGGACAGCUAUCAGUUGCAAGCUUUGGUAAGAAGGGGAACAUUCGCGUAUUGCACGAUUUUGAUCAGUCAUUCACUGGAGAGGCUGGUAUCAAGAUGAUCUCUAGUUUGACUUUUAAGCAAGAAAACACAAUAGCAGAGGAACCGAUGGUUGAUCUUUUGAAGUACUUGAAUGACAUGCUUGAUGCUGCAGCUGCUAAUGCCCGGCUACCAUCUGGACACAAUCCUCUAGAGCAGCUUGUUUUGAUAAUAGCUGAUGGCUGGUUUCAUGAGAAGGAGAACAUGAAACGCUAUGUCAGAGAUCUCUUAAGCAAAAAGCGAAUGGUCGCGUUUCUUGUGGUGGAUAGCCUACAGAAAUCCAUAUUGGACCUUGAGGAAGCCACCUUUCAGGGCGGAGAUGUUAAGCUUUCGAAAUAUUUGGAUUCAUUCCCCUUCCCUUAUUAUGUUGUGCUCAAAAACAUUGAAGCACUUCCCAGGACACUUGCUGAUUUAUUAAGACAGUGGUUUGAGCUUAUGCAACACUCGAGAGAAUAGUUUGCCAACUCCGAGAGGUGUACAUAAUAUCUUUCUCAGCCUUUUGGCUCAGAUCAAGUGUACAGAUGAUUCAUGUAUUUAGGAGAAGCUCGGUAAAUCACAUCCUCGCAAUCCAUCUCCUUUCCGGAUGACAGACAGUGAAGCUUUUCUUGGCUUUAGCUUUAUUUUUCCCCCUCUCGGAGGGGGUGAAAAUGGCCUCUUCCUACCUUCUUUUCAUGUUGUAACUAUGGAAACUUACCUUAAUAGUGCCAAAGUAAAUAUUAUACAAGCUUUAUCUUCUGAUCAGUUUCUGAGCUAACAAUUUAAUGAUAAUCAAUCUGGUUGCUUGUUUC